AUGUUGCAUAACAGGGAACAGGAUUAUAAAUACGAAAAUGACAAAGAGGCUUCAGAUGUUAUACCAUUUAUCGAAGAGAUUAUUGAUAUCAAAGGGAACGUGAACGAAGAUAUUACAAAUGUUAUUGAUGACCUAGGCGUAUUCCCUGCUAUGGAACUGAAGUUCAAAGAGCUGAGCUUUAAGGUGAAGACACACGAUGCAGCGGGUAACAAGUAUGAGCAAACGAUACUGCAUUCGAUAUCAGGCUCCUUCGUGCCUGGCAGUCUGGUGGCAAUAAUGGGACCAAGUGGUAGCUGA